GGAGCUGUUGUGCGUGAUGCUGUGGGGUGUUUGGCUGGCCUACGGGACUGAGCGCCAUGGGGAGCGUGGCGGGGUCUGGAGCUGGGUGACCCGACUCCGGAGCGCCGGGCAGGUCGAGGACGCAUCUCUGUGUGGGGCUGCCCAGGCCGGCGGAUGGGCUCGAGCGCGGCUGAAGCUUUAGGAGAGCGCGGCGCGGGCAGCGCGGCUUCAUCCCUCUCCUAGAGGCUGCGCAGGGCGCCGGAGAGUCGGCGGAGACAGCGCGGACUGUCUUUACCCCUCUGCGCGCCACCUCACGGGGGCCGGAGGCGCCCUCCUGCUGCCUGCCGUUCUCCCCGCGCAUAGGGGCAGGGGGUGCUUUUCUUUUUCGGGAAACCCGCGCUGUGGUGCGGGUCGCCCAGCGUCCUCGCCGCCAUCAGUCGGACAACGCUGCCCGGGCGCUGAGCAGUGCUGGCGACCAAGCCCCGCUCCGGCUGCUGCGGGAGAGAGGUGCCCCCGGCUUCGCCCUUAGGCAGCUGGGUCACGCCCAGGCGCUCGGUGCCGCGGCCUCAGCGCACGUACAGUGCUACACCGGUGGCUCGUGAGGCACCCGCGAGCUCGGGCUUUGUUCCCGCCAUCGCUAGCUUCAGACCGGUAUCGGGCGAUGGGGGUCUGCAUUCAGCGCCUCCUCCACGAUUCCUUCGCUGCCGCUCAGCUUUCCUUUCAGCCACAGGGGAGUAAAUUUUGGAGUUCCCUUUGUCACAGCGGUGACAAUUCAGACCCGCUAAAGGGAGUGACGCGCAGUCUGAGGGAUCGUCCCCUCAUAAGGACAUCGCGGAGUCCUGGGCGUGAACUCCGUUACUCGGUUCUGCGAGCGCCUUGUGAACGGUGAGGCGGUCGGACGCGGAAUCGCGCGGCCGCCUCCAUGCUCCGUGAGCAUCGGCGGCGGCGACCCGAGCGCUACGUGCCCGACCCGAAGCGCCGCGCGGGCCGCCGUGGCCGCUCGCGGCGCCGCGACCGCCACCAUUGUUCUCCUGACCCCGCUCCUCCCCCGCGCGGCAGCCGCCGCAGCCCCUGUCCAUCCGGCGGGAGAGAGACUUUGUGUGCCACUGCUCGUUAUCACAUCCUUAUUCUAAGCAGUUCUGUGGAGAAAGAAAAGGCGCACAAAGGUGAGGUUGAACUGUGGCAAUACAACUUCCUCACCGGCUCAGAGCAUUAGCAUCGGUUGUGGAAAUGCACACACGCUUGGUCAGCGAGUUUGCGUGCUUUCUGGGUAAAGCAGUUGAAAAACCGUUUAGUUUAAGAUGUCACAGAGUGAAGUCAUAUACGGUUUUGCAAUGUUUAUUUCAGAGGGAGCGGUAAUUUGUGAAGGCGUGGCAGUUGGCAGUCUAAAAAUGUAAGACAGACUCUAUUAGCACAGUAUACCUGUUGUGACUCAGUCGGAAGACUAACUCAAGAUAAAUCAUAAAAAUAUUAAGGUGACUUUUUAAAUUGUCGCUGAAGUGGGAAUUCACUUAUCUCACUGUAUGGCACCAUGUUAUGCAUCUGCAUUGUCUAAAGUCAUUGAGUAAAAUGACACCUCUUGACCAGAUGAUCUUUUCGUGCUAUAUUCAGCUACAUGUACUAACCUAGCUUGAAGUACAGUGCACAUGCGCACCAGCAUUUUAUGUGUUAGGGUAGUUCCAUGGUAUUCUGCAAAAAUAAGCACAUAUGUCCAGCUGGUGACAGGACUGUACCCUUAAUUACUAUGUGACUGUCACUUGUUUUUAUACUAGACAAAAUAAGAACACUUCUCUGCUAUUAAAAAUUGACAAGAAUUUCUAUUUUUCUAAAGCUCUGACACAUUGCAAAGCCACCAUAGCUGCAAGGCUGAAGUCAAUUUUCAUGAUAUAUGAAGACUAAAUUGGAACACCCUUGAGCUUGGUCAUGGGAGCUGUAGUAGCUGAUGAUGGUCCAUCUGGUGUUAAAGCCCCUGAUGGAGGCUGGGGCUGGGCUGUCCUUUUUGGCUGUUUUAUCAUCACAGGAUUCUCCUAUGCCUUUCCUAAGGCAGUUAGUGUCUUCUUCAAAGAACUUAUCCGGGAAUUUGGCAUCGGAUAUAGUGACACCGCAUGGAUUUCCUCUAUUCUGUUGGCCAUGCUUUAUGGAACAGGUCCUCUCUGUAGUGUAUGUGUCAACCGCUUUGGCUGUCGCCCUGUCAUGCUGGUGGGUGGCCUUUUUGCCUCACUGGGGAUGGUGACAGCCUCCUUCUGCACAAGUAUCAUUCAGAUCUAUCUAACUGCAGGUGUGAUUACUGGUUUGGGACUGGCACUAAACUUUCAGCCUUCACUCAUCAUGUUAAACCGUUACUUUGACAAACGCCGUCCCUUAGCCAACGGGCUAUCUGCUGCGGGGAGUCCAGUGUUUCUUUGUGCUCUCUCACCAUUGGGGCAGAUACUACAACACGAGUAUGGUUGGAGAGGAGGAUUCCUUGUACUGGGUGGGAUGCUGCUCAACUGCUGUGUUUGUGGUGCAUUAAUGAGACCUUUGGAGCCACCAAAAAAGCCUGAAGCUACCAAAGACCCAGCUGAGAAGAAAGCGAAGAAAAAACUUCUGGAUUUCAGUGUUUUUAAAGAUGGUGGUUUUGUAAUCUACACGCUAGCAGCAUCUAUCAUGGUGCUUGGCCUCUUUGUUCCCCCAGUUUUUGUUGUGAGUUAUGCCAAGGAUUUAGGAUAUCAAGACACCAAAGCAGCUUUUCUUCUGACUAUUCUGGGAUUCAUUGAUAUCUUUGCUCGGCCUAUUUGUGGAAUGGUAGCUGGUCUUAAAUGGGUUAGACCACGCUGUGUCUACCUCUUCAGUUUCGCUAUGAUUUUUAAUGGCUUUACAGAUCUCAUGGGUUCUAUGUCUGUUGACUAUGCUGGCCUGGUGGUGUUUUGUAUUUUCUUUGGCAUUUCUUAUGGAAUGGUAGGUGCUCUUCAGUUUGAAGUUCUCAUGGCUAUUGUGGGUACCCAGAAGUUUUCCAGUGCUAUUGGCUUAGUGCUCCUGGCAGAAGCUAUGGCUGUUCUAAUUGGUCCACCAUCAGCAGGAAAACUCCUGGAUGCAACAGGGAGGUACAUGUUUGUUUUUAUUAUUGCUGGAAUUGAAGUUACCACCUCAGCACUUGUAUUGGCCUUGGGAAAUUUCUUCUGCAUUAAGAAAAAAACGGAAGAACCACACACAAAAGAAGAAGCAGCAGAAAGAGAGGAAUUAAACAAAUCUGAAGACAAAACUCCUGAAGAUGCCAAGGUGGACUCUAUUGAAGUGGAACAGUUUCUGAAAGAUGAGCCUGAAAAAAAUGGUGAAGUUGUAACUAACCCAGAAACAUGUGUGUGAGCAUGAGAGGAAACCAACAAAGCUUCUAGAAACAAAAGAUUUUCAACACUAUUUAUUUUAGAAAUAGAACUAGUUUAGGGCUGGGCCAUCUGCUUUAUUAACUGGAAACCGGUCGGCUCCUCAAGGCUCUCUGGAAGCUGAUUAGCUAGAUAACCUUUUAUUGGAAGAUUGGCUUGAUCAGUAAAAGGUGGAGCAUUGUGGUUCUACUUUUUAUGCAAACUAAAAAGCUUUUAUAAACACAGGUAGAGUCUUGCUAUGCAUCACCAGAAACUGCUCACUUGGAAGAGAUAUAGGAAGAAUAUCUUUUAAGAAAAGUGGAAUUAUGUGUACAUUUUCAGACAAUAUUAGUGAAUUUGCUGUGUUGUGCAGCUAAAUGUAAUUUCCCUUCCUGUGUUCUUUGUGAAGGGGAAAGAGUUUGAGAAAGAGAAAAAUCUCAGGAACUUAAAGGUCUUCAUUAGGUUUUUGAAUUUGUUAUGUUUUCAGAUUUUUAGAUUAAUUGGCUCAGCCCUAAUUUAAUUUUGGUAAUGUCUAUUACUUUAUGUAAAUGUAUUUCUGAGUUUUGUCUAUACUUCCAAUCUUUGUAAUUAUCAUCUGGAAAUACUGUAUGUGGAGAGGCACAUUAUAGAUACUGUCCUCAGCAGAUCACACAAGUGGUAUUCUGAAGUAGUACUAAAAGAAAAUAAAAUGACCAGAAUCAAUCCUGACAGACAGUAAGCAAACAAAGUUAGCCUACAUUUACAUACACUGUUUUCAGUACAGUUUCCCUGCAGCAUUGAAAGUAUUACAAGUAACAUGGAGAAGACAGGUAUUGCGUUUAGUAGAAUCUUCCCAAAGAGUGUCGAUUUUGCAUAUAAAAGAAACAGUUUAAGUUUCCAGAUGACCUAUAAAUUAAGAGUGGGUAGACUUGAGGAAGGGACUAGACUGUUUUGAAACAUGUUAGCCAUCUUUAAAGUGCAAUGCUAGCAACAUAGGAAGGCUUUAACAUGUUGGCAGUGGUUUUUUGGUAGUCGACUCCAGCCCACUUACCUGUCCAUUUGCUUAAUCUAUGGAAGUUGAAGGUGCCAUUCUUGCUGGUUAAAGAAUCUUCAUUGAACAGUUGAUCAUAUGACGCUGCAUAAAGACUAAUCAAGAACAGGUGAGCUCUGCUACUCAUUGCACAAACAGAAUGGGAGUCUCUGGCCAGUCUUUAAACCUUCUCUGACAUUGGUAUGGGGGAAAAAGAAACAGCUCAGACAAGGUAGUGAUAGCACAUUUGAAGGCAUGCAGAAGGGGAAAAUUCAUUGUGACGACACUGCAUUCUAAAGGAAGGUAAAAGGAAGGCAUCUUAUAUGCCCCCCCCCUUCAAGAAAUUUAAUCUUUUAUAUAAAACCGUGCUACUGCAACCCACCUUUCAGAUACGUUUAUGAAAGCUCUCUAGGCUUUGUGACUGCAUAACAAUCUUCAAAACAGACUGUUACAGAGCCAGUUUUCUUGUUGGUAGCAAAGGAAUAUUGGCUUUCAGGUGCCAAAAUUGUUCAACUUAGUAACUGAAAACCAGAAGCCCCUAAUCCCUUAAAACCAUGUUUCCCUUUUAAAAAGAACAUUAUUAGUUGUUUCAUACUUGACCAUUUUAACAGAAACAUACAACAAAGUAAAUCCAACAAAGUGCCAAAACCAUGAAGCAUUCCCUAACAGAAUUAUCUCAGAUACCAGCUCCCAUUCUGGCAGUUGCUUUAAAAUGGUUUUGCAUUGUUAGGAUAACGUUGCACAGAAAUUGAAAAAUUAGGAUUAUGUUGGGGGUUUGGUUUUUUUUUUUUUGAGUGAUUUUAAAAAGAAAUGGAUGCUGCACUGAAUAAACUUUAUUUUUAUAUCACAUAUAGUGCAUUACUUUAAAACCCUUUAUUAAUUUAGUGGCAGGAACUACUCUGCCAUGUCCUAGUUAUAAGAACUUAGUUACUGAACUUAGCUCCAGUUUGCUAAAGACUAAAUCAGUACUUGGAACACAACACUGCUAGCUCCAGAAGGCGACCAUAUGAAAGGGCAAGAGGAAAAUGUAAUGCACAGAUCAGUUUAUGAUAUCCCUGGAGGCUGCUUCCAAUGGUAAUGUGAAGGCCCUGUUCUGUUUCAAAAAGCAAAAACUAGAAACCUUCCCAAAAGUGAACUUAGAUUUUCAAACAGCCACUUUUGUCUUACUGUGGGUUAUAGUCACUGGCUUUCUUUGCUAGAUAAUGCUAUACUGUUAUCACAGAACUAAAUGGUUGUCCUUUUGAUGUUGGCUUUUGGCACAAUUUUAAGUUUCUGUACAGUCUGCAAACUGGCUAGAUUGUAAUAUCUCAAAAAUCUGUGCUUAACAUACUGACUUUCCAGACUAUGUUUCAUUUUCCAUACAUAAUACCUUUAUGGUGAAGCUGGAAACAAGAAGUGUUACAUUACAAUUUUAUGUGGUUGAGGCAGAAAAGGAAGUUACUAAGACAAGGGAAACACAUUUCAACAAGACGCCGUAAAUAAUUUCUGAAGUAAAUCUAGUGUUCACAGAAAGCGCCUCACUGACCUCUACAACUGCUUUUCAUCGACUCAAAUAUGAACUACUCCGAGCAGUACUGACAGUGCUCUUGCGCUGUUCACAGCACACACCUACCAGUGGAUUGCAGUAUUUGUGGGAGCAGGAGAUGCUUAUUGCAUGAAAGACAUCAAAUCACAGGACUCUUUCAUUGACUGUGAGAAAUAAGGGUUGGAAUUUAAUUUGCUAGGCAGUUUCACAGAGGCUACAAAAUCUUUUACUGUUUUCAGUAUUUACAAGAAGCAUCAACAGAAAGAUAAGAAAAUGUUAAUGCAGAUCUCUUAGUACUUCUGAGUUCUGAAGCCAGUUAAGCUCUCUGCUUCCAUUCUGACCCAUUCAUGGGUGACAUCCAGCUGUGUGCGAGCCCUCCAGUCCACUUUCUGUUCAGCUGCCUUUAUUUCCUUGGGAGGAUUUUGAUUAUACUGAUGGGAAGGAAAACUCCAUGCUAGAUCACUAGCCUGGAUAACUGCGGGGCAGUAUGCCCGGCUGUGCUGAGGCAUGUACCCUACUGCUCCUAUGGACACGGCCACAUUGGGUUCCUGCAUUACAGACCUCACUCCUUUGUACCAAAAAAAAGGCAAGCAGCAAGUCCUCAGGUUCCCAGUUCUGUCUUGGAACACCAGCUAGGACCUGUUACAUUGAGGAGAAGAUUGUGCUGCAACCCCUUCUCUUGGCAAGACUACCCUGGCUCCUUAAUAAUUUAACUCUGCUUAUUGUAAAUUCACAGGGAAUUGCUUUUAAACCCCUCCAGGUAUUUUGGUACAGUGUUCCUUUAAUCUCAACACCACUGAGAUCCCCUUAAAAGCAGCCUGAGAGAUGUGAUCUUCCAUGUAUUUUGAGGACAUGCAUGGUCUGAGUCAUAAAGCAUUACUAAAGAGACACUAACUGCCUGGGGACACAAGCAGAAUGGUUCCAUGCAACACCUGCCUGGAUGAACCUUUGUUCAACCUUCACCUGGUUAAAAUUCUGUGAUUUAAAAAAAAACAAAAACAAAACCAAAAAACCAACAGGAAAGGAGAGGGAAGGCAGCUAAUUAUACAACUGAACUGCCAAGCAUUCCAAAGACACCACUGUAACUUGCUCUUUAAUGAUACACUACUGGAACAAAUCUAAUUCUUGAGGGAAGCAUUUGAAAAAUACAAGUGCAAAAAUUCCAAGUAUAAUACAAUAAAACAGUUGAAAGAUAAUUUUCAGAUUAUUUCUCUGAUACUAAUGAGCAGCCUUUUAGUCUAAUGGCUAAGCAUAAUUUUAAAAGCUUUUUAGAUCUUCACACAUUCUAUAAAUUGUGUACUAUUGGAUUUAUGGUUAAAAAAUUGUAUGUUUGAUCUCAUGAUAGAUCUUAGGCCCUUAGUUUCCUAGCGCAAGGAGAGGGUAUGUAUACAACUGCCUGUAACACAGAGAGAAUAUAUAAAGAGGUGUAUAUGUAUGUGCACAUAUAUAUACGUAUGUAUCUAUAUAUAUCAAACAUGCAGAAUAUCCAGUAGAGUAGAAUAGAGACAGUUUGCCUGUUUACUAGACAAUGAGCAAUGCAAAAUUAAAAUUUCUUCCUCCUCCUAUACAAAAAUAAGUUUGCUUUUUUAAAAUUUCUAAAUAAAACAUCCUGUAGCUUUUUUGGAACCUGGAAGAUCUCAGCAGAACUAAAAAUGAUUGAGCUCUCUUUAAAAUCACACUCUCUAGAUCUUGUUUUUCUCCAGUCCUUUAAUACAUUACAGCAAGUCUUCAGCAGUUACCUGCUGCUAAAGCAGCCUGUUCCCUCAAGCUGAGACUUGAAAUGGUAUGAAGGUAUGGUAUGAAGGACUGGACAGAUCUCAUGCUUGCUAAUAUUAAAUCCCAUCCAAACAAACGUGUGUUAGACAAUGCAAUAUCAUUCUCUAAAAAGAAAUGAAAACAUUCUCCUAACCAAGCAAUUAAAUUCCAAAAUGAAAAUACAAAAUAUAUUCAUGUAUGCACCUCUGUUAUGUCCCAAAGAAGCUUUGGUUCUGUUGGCAAUCAUAAACAUAAGGCUUUCAGGAGAAUGCAAACUCUUACAAGUUACAACAGUAAGUACUGACUUGUGCAUGUGUGUCUGUGUCUCUCUACCACAGCUGUCUUUAGAAUUAAGAGAGUACAAUUCAGUUUUGUGCAAGUGAGAUGACUUUUUGUUUCUUGUUAAUGCACUUCUGUGUAAUGUGUACAUUUAUACUUAAUUUUUUUUAAAUGCUUUUCUAGUGAACUGUUGCAAAUAUAGUGAAUAAAUAUUCUUUUGGUUGUCAAAAA